GAAACAUAAAUUCUGCUAUAGAUAAUCCAUAAUAGUAUACUUUUUAUCAGACUCGACUUAAGAUGACCGGCUCAAUGACAACAUGGUUUGCGAAAGAACCAUUACUUCCCAGGAAUCUAGACUUAGAGAAAAUGUUCGUCGCGGAAGAUCAAACCAUCCAUUUGAUGGAUGCGAAUGGAAGAGUACAUAUAGUAGGCACACUAGAAGAAUUGCGAGAAAGGCUGCGGAAAGGUGAUAAUGAUUCAAUCAUCUAUACUAUUAUGAGCUUUCCAUCUCGAGUAGUGUUUUGUGUCGAAGUUGAAGAAUACUCGCACACACUCUUCAUGGCCACAGAGAAGAAGCUCGGGUUCGUAGAAAAUUAUCGUAACAUAGGACGUCGAGACUCUCGAGUUGUAUUGGAAGAAAUCCCAUCAAGACGCCAGUUAGGUAUAAAAAUAUCCAAUGACGUACAUUAUACUGGGUUUAGCGUGGAUUGCAAGGGGAGAGUUUGGUUGAUGGCCGUUGAGGGGGAAAACUCGUAUGGACAACUCUUUAGCCUUGCUAAGGACUGGAAACAACCCAUGCAUCGUUACUGGUGUCCCGAGCGUUUCAGCGGAAUAUGCUGGAGCUUGGAUGACAAAACCAUAUACAUACAUGAAACCGCGCGAAAAAAUUACAUACUCGCUUAUGACUUUGAUAUCGAGACCGGCGUUAUUAGAAUGCACGAAGAAAGGAUAUUCUAUGAAUUCCCAAGUCCCACGGAAUAUCCACUGGCUUUCGUGAUAGAUUCAAGAGAUCAUAUGUGGUGCGCAGUAGCUGGUACCGGAAAAAUUAUCAGGAUAAGCCCGAAGAGUGAAGUUGUUGGAGAGAUUUAUUUGCCCGAUCACCAUGAGCCUAUUGAUCUGCAAUUCGUCGGCAACGAAUUAGUUAUCCUCACAAAAAGAAACGUUGCACAAGAGGAGGUUUUGCUGAGGGGUGGUACUUAUCAUGGAUUGGUAAUGAAUGCCAAAGAAGCAUCUCAUGGCAACAUUUUCACUGCGGAUAUCGGCUACACUGGUAAACCAAGACAUCUCUAUAAUUUGGGCCCAGAGGAACUUUCUUUGCUGAAGAAAUCUAGACUAUUGUUUGAAAAAAAGACAGGAUCUUCAGCGGAAGAAGUGAUGGACUUUUUACGUACAUACCGUAGGCGCCAACCAUCGCCAAAUGUAUGAUACUAGCGCUAGCCAUGUUUUUGUCACUGAUGUUUGCCAUUUGUAUCGGGCACUGGACGACUUGAAAAGGGAGACGGUAGUCA